AUGAACAUACUAUCCCUUAUACAACAGCAAGCAGAUUAUACCACAAAAUGGAUAGAAAAAUCUUCUAUCACUAAAAAGCAGUAUGUCUCACUCUCCGUCGCGGCGGCUAUUACCUACUUUGUUUGGAAACAAUGCAGCAGAAACAGAAGAACAGACAUUGAUCCGACACUUUUACCCCCUAAAGUGGAGGGUGGACUUCCAAUAGUAGGAAACUUGCUGGAUCUUCAAAAGAAUCCUCGACAAUACUUGAACGAUGCUAGGAAGAAUUUCGGGCCCUGCUUCCGUCUAUACCUACCCGGUUUAGGCAACACAGUUGUCGUCACGGGCACUUUGAUCCAAGAAGUAAUGAAAGCCACAAAAAAUUUCAGCUUUGAUGAAGGGAUUGAAAACCUUAUUCCUGCUGAAAAAGUGGUUAGAAUCUCCUACGGCCAUAAAUUUAAAAAAGAAGCAAUCAGCCCUAGAGCUAAGAAUCCCAUUAUUUAUCCCAUAAAGCAUAACUUUAAGGAAAACCAGAUCGAUGUCUUUUCAGAACGUAUCCGGUAUGCUCUUGACAAAGCGCUUGAUGAAGAGCUCAAUAUCAAACCAGGCGAUGAACAAGCAGUGGACAUCAAAGAUAAACUAGCUUACAUUAUCUCGCGUAUCUCGUGCUUAUGUUUCGCCGGUAGUAAAGUAGGGGUCAACGAAGAGUUGAUCACUGGUAUGGCUCACUUCACACAAAAAAUCAUCCGAGCAGGCCUGUUCAUUUCUUAUUUACCCAGCUGGCUCAGUCGCUUCCUUGUACGAUGGAUCUUCUCUGUGGAACAAGAAAUGGAUGUGAUCAUGGCCUUAUUAGUACCUGAACUGCGAAAGAUCAGAAAUGGUGAGAUGGGUGACGAUUAUGAGGCUACGUUUGCUACCAUGGCACUCAAUUUACCUAAAGAAGACGGAACCUUAAGAAAAGUGGAAGACGCUGCCUAUUAUUUCAACAACAUUGCUCUAGCAAGUAUUCAUACAACAUCUCAUUUCGCGUCUUUUGCCUUCCACGAACUAGCGUGCCGCCCUCAGCUAGUCGAAGACCUACGAGCCGAAUUACACACUCUCCAGGGCGAUAUGACACCUGAAACGGUGGCUAAACUACCCUUGAUGGACUCCUUCUUUAGAGAAGUGCUUCGUUGUAACCCUGACUAUUUAGGUCUGCAUCAUCUCACAUUGAAGGAUUCGACGUUGUCAACAGGGCAUGUUGUUCCUAAAGGUUAUUUCGUCUUACUCGCUCUUGAUCAGGUUCAACAAGACAUGCAUUUCUUGCCUGUCAAUCCAUUGACAGGUGAAGUACACUCAGGCACUUCUCCUCUGGAAGAAUUCGAUGCUUACAGAUUUGUGGGAACGAAUAUCAAGUCAACGACGGUUGGCUUGGAGCAUAUGGCUUUUGGUUUGGGCGCACAUGCUUGUCCUGGUCGCUUUUUCGCUGCUAAUGAGAUUAAAUAUGUGGUCGCUGUUAUGAUUAUGCGCUAUAAUAUUCGCACUCGUAGUGGCAAAAGAGCUAAAGAUAAUGUCAUGCUCGGUAUGACAAGAUUCCCUCCAGCUGAACCUUUGAUUAUUGAACGACGAUUACAGUAA